AUAUGAUUCAGAGUACAUAUAUAUAUAUAUACAUAUAUACAUAUGUACGCAUAUAUAUAUAUAUAUAGGUUCAUUUGUUUAUUUGUAUAUAUAUGAGAUUGAUGUGUAUGCAAAGCUUUUGUUGCAUACAUGUGCCUUUGAUGGCCCCAUUAUCUUAGACUCUACCUUUUUUAAUUCAUCCUGACUUUUUUCUCUUUUCCUUUGUUGAAAAAAGACUGCCUAAAUUUCUGAUUUUUCUUACAUCUUCUUUUGUUACAAACUAGAGAUUUAUGGCCCUUUUGGUUUUAAAAAUGGAGGGGGGAAAAAGGUGGCUGCUCUUCCUUCACAACCAAGGGAGUUGAAUUGGGAUUCAUUGAUAAGAAUGAGGAGUUUUGAAGAUGAUGAAUAAGAAAGAGAAAGGCAUGUUUGUUGUAGAUUAGGAUAGGUUGAUGAGGUGAGAUUUUGGGCUGUUUUCUGCAGUAAAAAUGGAGGUUGCAUCAUCUGGGCCUACUCCGACGACACCCCGGAAGAAGAUGACCAAGCAGUUGACGGGGAAACGGGACGACACCGAGCUGCACGCUGCAGCUCGUGCAGGGAACAUUGUUGCGAUAAGGGAUGUCAUUAAUGGUGCUGGAGAGGAGGAAUUGGUGGAACUGUUGGCUAAGCAGAACUCGGCAGGGGAAACACCCUUGUACGUGGCUGCGGAGUACGGGUACUAUGAGGUUGUGAGGGAGAUGAUCCAGUACUAUGAUAUGGCAGCUGCUGGAAUCAAAGCCAGGAAUGGUUUUGAUGCACUUCACAUUGCUGCCAAACAAGGCGAUUUGGAAGUGGUGAAGGUGCUGAUGGAGGCUCAUCCAGAGCUAUCUAUGACGGUUGACAUGGCAAACACAACGGUGUUGCAUACGGCUGCAGCACAAGGGCGCAUGGAAGUUGUGAAUUAUUUCUUGGAUGCAGAGAGCAGCCUGGCUGCUAUAGCUAGAAGUAAUGGGAAAACGGCGCUGCAUUCUGCAGCAAGAAACGGACAUGUAGAGGUUGUUAAGGCCCUUUUGAGUAAGGAGCGGGGGAUGACUGCACGAACUGAUAAGAAAGGGCAGACGGCUCUCCACAUGGCCGUUAAGGGUCAGAACCUUGAGGUGGUGGAGGAGCUGAUCAGAGCGGAUCCUUUGACGCUUAAUAUGGUGGAUACUAAGGGUAACACACCGUUGCACAUAGCCUCUCGGAAAGGCAGGUCUCAGAACGUUGAAAAGCUGCUAAGCAAUAAAGAAAUUGAUACGAGAGUUGUCAACAGGUCUAAUGAAACAGCCAUCGACACAGCAGAGAAAAUGGGGAAUUCUGAUAUCGCAGCCAUUCUUAGGGGGCACGGCGUUCUGAGUGCCAGGGCGAUCAGUCCGCAGUCGACCAAUCCAGUACGAGAGCUGAAGCAAACGGUGAGCGACAUAAAGCAUGAAGUCCACAACCAGUUAGAACACACACGACAAACGAGAAAACGUGUGCAAGGCAUCGCCAAACGCAUCAACAAGAUGCACGCAGAGGGGCUCAACAACGCAAUCAACUCCACGACCGUUGUGGCUGUGCUCAUAGCCACCGUUGCUUUUGCAGCUAUUUUCACGAUUCCUGGACAAUACGUCGAUGACGCCAGAAGCAUCCCUGACGGACAGGUGCUAGGUGAGGCUCAUAUCGCACCAAAAGUACCGUUCAUAAUCUUCUUCAUCUUUGACUCAAUCGCGCUAUUUAUUUCCCUGGCCGUUGUCGUGGUGCAAACGUCAAUUGUGGUUAUAGAGAGCAAAGCCAAGAAGCAGAUGAUGGCAAUCAUAAACAAACUAAUGUGGCUGGCCUGCGUGCUUGUCUCUGUGGCAUACCUGGCCUUGUCGUUCGUCGUGGUAGGCAACCGCGAGAAGUGGCUAGCUAUUGGAGUGACGAUUAUAGGAACGAGUAUUCUGGUUACAACAUUAAGUAUAAUGUGCUACUGGGUAGUUAUGCAUCGGAUCGAGUCCAGCAGCAUGAAGGGCCUCCGGAAGGAUUCUCUGGGCAGCAGAUCAAGAUCCGGGUUGGCUUUGAUACCAUCGGAAACAGAGGCUUUGAACAGUGAGAAGAAAAUGUAUGCAAUCUGAGAAACCUCCCUAACAAAAAUGUCAUCUUCUUUUGCAUAUUAAUGGCAGUUGCUCUGUGUUGUGCAGUCA